AUGAAGUUCAUUCUUGUAACUCUUGCUUGGGCAAUUGCUAUACCAGGCUUGAGCUAUGCCCAGGACUGUGCUAAUGCACCAUCAGAAAGUAUUCGAAUGAUUUGCGAGCAAAUCAGCAACUGGAAUGUUCAAACAAGAGGUAUGCCAGCUCCCGUAAAGGCAUCUUCCAUCAGUAAAGCCUCCAAUGGAUUAGCAGCUAUUCCUCAACAGCCUCAAAAUAAAGAUCAAUGUAUGACAUUGUCAUGCUUCUGCGGAUUUUUAGGAGGAUCUGGAAAUCCUUGCCGUUUGCAAGAUGGACGUGUGGUGCAAAGAGCUCUCAGAAAAGAAUAUCGCGCUAUGACGGAUAAUGAGAGAAACAGAUAUCAUUCUGCCAUGUGGACUAUCAAAAACAAUGGAGAGUACGACCGCAUUUCUCGCGUACACUCUCAGUUCCAAACUUCUCCAGGAGCUCAUUCUGGACCUGGUUUCUUACCUUGGCACAGAGAGUUUCUUAAGCGAAUCGAGUUCGCCCUUCGUACAGUUGACUUGGAUAUGUUUGUUCCUUAUUGGGACUCCUCCCUUGAUUCUGUACUUCCAAACUCAAGACAUUCUGUGAUGUGGGGUCCUGAACUCAUGGGUUCAGUAAAUAGCAAUAACCAAUUAGUCUCUGGAGCGUUUGCUAACUGGAGAAUUUUAGACAAUUCACGUAUCGUUACUCGCUCAACAGGACAGGGUUCAUUGUUCACAGAAGCUGAAAUCAAUAACUUAAUGGGAACUUCUGAUAUUAAUCAAGUUUUAGCUGCCACAGCUGCAAGCAGCAACUGUCCCAAUAGAGCAGGCUGGUCUGCAUUGGAAUACACUCAUGGAAAUCCACAUAACUAUAUCGGAGGUGAUAUGCUUGUUACAACCCGAUCCACAAACGAUCCUAUCUUCUAUAAUCAUCAUUCCUUUAUUGAUUUUCUAUGGGAACAAUGGAGAUUACGCUGGCAGUCACGAGAUGCCAGACAAACUGUUUACCCACAAACAGAUAGUAGAUGCUUCUCAAAUGUCCAUAAUGGAAACAGUGAAAUGUUGCCGUUCGGUCCCCUAACUAUGUCAGAUGGACUUACCAAUUUAUACACAGAUGAAUUGUUUACUUAUGCUCCUCGUACAACGUGUUCUGCAUCCAAUGUUAACGGAUGUGGCUCAAGGUAUUUGUUCUGUGAUCUGUCCAACGGAAAUCCAAGAUGUGCCUCAAAAAUUGUUCUGGGUGGAAAUUGCCGUGGAUAUACUCGAAAUGAGGAUGCCUGUUACAACUCAGUUUGCGUGAACAAUGUCUGCCAAGCGCAGCAACAGACGACAACAACACCUCAAACAACUACAACUACCACAAGAGCUACCACUACUACAACAACAACGAGAGCCACAACUACUACCACUACAACCCGUGCUACAACACAAGCACCCACAACCACUGUAGCACCUUCAUCUUGUCUGAAUGCUCACUACUGUUGUCCUGUAUGGAGAGACAAUGGGUAUUGCACUAGAGCAGAAUACAUGCCAUAUAUGAGGGAAUAUUGUCGUCCAUCUUGUACCGUGUGCACCGGUCCUAGCAACUGGAACGGUCCAGCUUGUGUCAAUCUUCACUCAAGCUGCGCUGCAUGGGCAGCAUCUGGAGAAUGUCAGAGAAACCCAACAUAUAUGUUAGAAAAUUGCAAAGUUUCAUGCAAUUCUUGUCACUACUUGAUACCUAGUGUACGUACGGCUAUGUGCUUACAAAGUACGCAACCGGUGAACGAUUAUAUCCGUGGACUUCCUUUCAUUAGUCAACUCACUCCCGUAUUUAAGCAAUUCUUUGAUUUUGUUCAAGGAAACUAUCGGGGCCCACCAGGACCACCUCCCGGUUAUCAAACCACACGAAGACCUGUUAAUGAUUAUGGUUACACUACUGCAACUCGUCGACCAGUUAUUUACUAUACCACAGCACAACCUACUCGUUAUCCAUAUUACAUGACAACCCGUCGACCAUACCAAACUUAUAGAACUUUGGGUAAUACUCCAAGACCAGCUGUGUAUACUACAGCCAGAGGGUAUUACACUCCAAGACCGUAUGGUUACAGACCAGGUGCUCCCCUGGUGUUUAGAGGAUAUGGACGAGUUCCAAUUGGAAUUUCAUACAGCAAAGAAGGAAAUUCUGAGCCUCAUAUAGCUUUUUCCCGACAAAAAAUUGCAAUGAUGCCUAGUGACGCAUUGUAUCGUUAUAAAGCUUAUUCUCAAAAUAAUAGGCAACGUCUGAGUACUCUCGAAUCCAUCAUGGCCCAGAUGUAA